AUGUCUUUUCAGAAAGAUAUCCUAAGAACCACAGGGGAAGUGGCUGUGAAUGCCAUCCUUCUUUUCCAGAUGGAGGUUGGGACUGUGGCCAAUGUCAUUCUCUUCUUCCAUAAUGUCUAUCCAAACUUGCUUCACCACAAGCAGAGACCCACACACACGAUUCUCACCCACAUGGCUGUGGCCAAUCUCUUGGUUCUUCUCUCAUCUGGGAUUCCCCACAUGAUGGCAGCUUUUGUUUUGAGGAACCCUCUGUCCACUUUUGGGUGUAAACUUGUAUAUUAUAUACAAAGGGUGGCUCGCAAUACCACUGUGUGCUCCACCUGUGUCCUGAGCACCUAUCAGUUCUUCACUCUCUUCCCCAGGAGAAUGGAGUGGACGUUGCUCAGAGGAAGAGCCCCCAAGGUCAUUGGUCCUUCUUGUUAUACCUGCUGGAUGCUCAAUUUCUUAAUGAAUAUCUAUAUUCCCUUGAAAAUCACUGGUCCACAGGACAUAGGAAAUGACACUGAGACUCAAGGGAAGUGGUUCUGUUCAUCCUCAAGUCCCAGUGCAAGCAUUGUCAUCCUGUGGUCAUGUCCUGAUGCCAUGUUUAUUGGCCUCAUGGGCUGGGCCAGUGGUUCCAUGGUGCUUCUCUUGCACAGACACCACCAGAGAGUGCAGCAUAUUCAUACCUCCAAUGGCUACCACAAAUGCCCCCCAGACAUUAGAGCCACUCACACCAUCUUGAUUCUGGUAGUCACUUUUGUCAUCUUCUACAUGCUGAAUUCCAUUUUUACUUUUUAUGUCACUGCCUUUUUAGAUUUUCGUCUAUGGCUGAUGCAGAUUGCUCAUAUAUUGGUUUCAUGUUUUCCCACUGUUAGCCCCUUCCUGCUGAUCCUUAGGGACCCUAGAACUCCUAGGUUCUGCUUUUAA